CUACAAGCCACAGUGUUCGCUGUCUCCCAAUCCUUCAGCCCCAGGGCGCCAUUAUUCCGGCCAUGUCCUUUAUUUAUUUGACUCCUACUAGACCAGAUCUCCUUCCGAAGAAUCCAAAAUCACACUCGCAGCGAAUAUGGCUUCUCCUCUGAGCGUGGGUGACUGCAUAGCAAUUGUAGGAAUUGUCGUCAAGGGCUUUCAGGCUUUGAGCAGCACCUCUGAGGACUCAAGAGUCUUGGCCCAAGUCCGCAGCGAUCUUGACACUCUGAGUGCUGUCCUUACAGAGCUCUCCGCGGCGGACUCGCAGGAGCAAGCAAGAUUCCGUUCGGUCGUGCAAGGGUGCUACGCCAAUCUAAAAAAUCUACGCCAAUUUACGAAGAAAUAUUCUGACGGCUCUUCCGUGGCGGUGUCCCGUUAUUUCAAGCGUCUUCGUUAUAGUCUCUCUGGGAAGGAUGAGCUCGACACAUAUCGACAAGGGCUCCAACAGUCCCUGAUCUCGCUGCUUCUCCUACAAUCCGAGCGCCAGCGUGUCCUUAUGUCGACAGGUUCUAGGCAGAUCCAAGGGGAGAUUCAACACUCAUCCAACCAGUUUCAGCUUCAGCUCCUCAAGGCGACGAGCGAGGUCAAGUUUGAGAUUGCAAGAGGCCUUGAGGACCCCUGGGAUACGAAACCUCUGCAGUUCCAAGACGCGAUUGGGAGGCGGUAUCCCAUCCCCCUUGAGAUUUGUGCCACUUUCGAGGACUUCGUCGACUUCCUCCUUUUCAGCUUCAAGAAGAACCCAGCCGUCUUGACUCUUGUGUCGACCAAGCAGUUCUGGCUGUUCACGCCCCCGAAAAACAACAAUGCGGACAGAUGGUGGUAUCUCAUCAACGAGCACGAUUGGAAAGCUGUCGCCCGUCCUGGGACACAAUUUGGCAUGUCCCUCUUCUUUGGCGAUCAGAGCCUGAAAGGGCCUCAAAGAAUCGAGGGCUCCUCUGGAACCUGCUCCGGAUCAGCGUCUGACGACGAUUUCGACCUGUCCAGCUUGAGUGAUUCGGCUUCUGACAUCUCCGACUCCACGUCCGACGAUUCAACGGCAGGAGACGUCCGCGAAGGCUUCAAAGACAGUCUGGACUGUGACAUAAUACCGUCAAUGCCACCCUCUUCGGACGAAGAUACCCAAGCAGCUGGUAGCCGGGGCUCAACCAAAUCGAAGCAACAGCCUCAGAAGUUGCCGAGUCUCGCAUGCAGAAGUCGUCCAAGGCUACCUAGGACCGUGAGCAUGCGCGCGUGUGCAUCUUGUCACUAUUGUGAGAGGCCGCUCGCUUUAGCACAACAAGUGAUCAAGUUUUCCAAACCUACACCAACCUGGAACCCGCUGCCUGAUGAUCUAGAAUUCCGCUGGCUAUCAUCGGCCGCAAAGUUCGGACCUCUGUCCAUGACCGAUAAUGAGAGGCGUCACAUGGACUCGAUGUCAGUUUCAAGUCUGAUUCGUCGGCGACGAGGACGGCACAAGAACGUGGUGGUGUCAAGACUUGGAGGAUCAUGUGGUGACAGCAUACAAGUUGGUGCUUGGAGGCGAAAAGCUGUACUCUCAUGCGCAUGACAUUCGUCACAAUUCCAAGUCGAUUCUUAUAGUCACGAGGACAGGCGCGAUGCUUCCAGGGGGCGGGCCCCUUGCGCCUGAAAAUUGACUUCUGAGAGACUUUUUGCGGGAGGCGCCGCCAUGCGUCGCCUUUGGGCUACGGGGAGUGUAGCAGUCCUUUGGUGUUUCGCCCAAGCACAGCACACUCGACACACGGUUCUGAGGUCCGGCUGAAACCUUCGAGGACAUGGGACACCUAUCUUAGGACCUCGUCGACCCCAGAUUUAACAGGUAGAUCCAUCAAUGUUCCAAGCAUACGAUCACCUUCCCCAAAAGUGGACACGCACACGAGUGAGAGAAGGAGAAGAUGGUAUUCCUUGGAUUCGCCAGCACCGCCGGCGAUAUCAUCUGGUUCGCAGACUUUAGACAAGACAGGUCCGACUUGAGAGUCUCGCAACAACAGCAGUCACUGAACCCUCAGGCACUAGCAGGACCUAGACGAGUUCGAAAAGUCUUUGCAGCAAGCACAGUCCAUCAUUAAUGUCGGCGGCCAUGGACCAACCAUGUGGCCUGCUCGUACUGUGCACUACAUGGUAAAAUACACCCAACAUGCUAGAGGGUGGAGCAAUAUGUAAUUUUGUAUCCUGCGUGAAACACCACCGGGCCUCAUCGGGCACCAACGCCCCAGUCGUCCCUCUCCAGGAGAGCGGCGGCAUCUUCUAGGCCGAGCCCGCUCGUCUCGGGGUACACCCGGUACACCACCCAGUUGCCGGCCACGCAGACGGCGGCGUAGAGAACAAACGUCCACGUCGGCGACAGGGCGUCCAUGAGCGGCAGGAAGGUCAGCCCGACCACAAAGUUGGCGGCCCAGCACGUCGCCGUGGCCGCCCCGCUGCCCAGCGACCGCACGCUCAGCGAGAAGAGCUCGCUCUGCAUCCACGGGACGUUGCCCAGCCCGAUCGCGUAGGCCGCCACGUACAGCAUGAUGGACGUGAGCACCACCACCGCCGCCCCGUGGCUGGCCGCCGGCGGCCCUGCGCCGUCCGAGGAGAACGCAGAGGUCGACAGCUGCAUCAUCGAGAACCCCCACGCCGAGAGCAGCAGGCCCGCCACCAUGAAGGGGAUCGAGCAGAGCAGGAUCCGCCUCCGGCCGACCUUGUCGAUCACCAGCAGCGCCACCACCGUGAAGAGCAUGUUCGUGACGGCCACGAUCAUCGCGGUGAGCGUGGGGCUGUCGAACCCCAGGAGCUUGAAUAUCGUGGCCGAGAAGUACAUGAGCGAGUUGAAUCCGCACAGCUGCUGGAGACCCUGCAGCAGGCACGCGAUGGCCAGCGCGCGGCGGUUCCUCCGCACCGAGAGCAGCUCGUCAAACCCGCCCAGCCAGUCGGCGCGCGCGCCGGCACCCGGGGCCCUGCGGCGGGCCCUGUGCGCCUGCUCCUCGUCGCGGACCUCGGCCUCGAUGCCCUUGAGCACGACGUCCGCCUCGGCAGAGGCCCCGGCCCCACCGCCGGCGACCCGGC